CCCUUUUGGUAUUCUCCGGUUUCGUUCAUAACAGAUCAGAAAGCUCCCGUUGGUUGACGGAAUUUUUGUUGAGCAUUCGUACGUACUACGCUAACAUUUUCGUAAUAUAAAUAUGGAAUUUCCUGGACUAGGAAAACAUUGCUCUGAAAACAGCUGUAAACAACUUGAUUUCUUGCCUAUGAUAUGUGAUGCAUGUAAUGAAGUAUUUUGUAAGGAUCAUAUCAUCUAUUCUAAGCAUAGCUGCCCAUCCUCUUACAAAAAGGAUAUUCAAGUGCCUGUUUGUCCACUGUGCAAUAAACCCGUUCCGGGCAAGCGAGGUGAAGCCCCUGAUAUUGCUGUGUCUGGACACAUAGAUAGGGAUUGCCAGUCAGAUCCAGCUGUUAAGAAGCGAAAGGUUUACGCUAAUAGGUGCAAUGUAAAAGGAUGUAAAAAGAAAGAGCUGGUUCCAGUAAUAUGCGACUCAUGCCGAUUGAAUUAUUGUUUACGACAUCGUCAUCAGACAGAUCAUGAUUGCCAUGGAUACCAAGGAAGCGGACGCUCUGUUUCUAACACAGGAGCAGCAGCAUUAAAAAGAGCACAAACUUCUGGACCUGCCAAGACUAGUGGGUCAAGGUCAAAACCACAACAGACAACCUUAACCUCCAUUGGACAAAAUCUAGACAGAGAACGACGUGAGAGAGCUCGACAGAGUCAUCCAUCUCGUACUCAGACAUCUUCGGCGCAGUCUUUACAAGGUGGAAUCUCAGAAGAUGAAGCAAUGGCGAGAGCUAUCCAAUUGUCUAUGGUUGCCAAUCAGGGUAGGCCUACCUCAGUGCCAACCAAACCAACAGUACCAAAUGAACAAGCUAUGACCCAGGAGGAAGAGGACCUCGCCCUGGCUAGAGCUAUUGCUGCAAGUGAGGAAGAGCACCGCAGACAACGACCUAACCAAAGACAGCAACAGCAACAGAACCAACAAUCGGAGUCCAAAUGUGUCACAUCUUGAACAUAAAAUUCCUUUAUAAAUAUCAAAGCUAUUUAUUAACAAUCAAGCAAAUCCAUCAUAUAUUUCUACCAGUACCAGCGGUCGUUACCAGCUUUAGUUCCUGAUGUCACUGCUUUUGAUCAAAAAUUUGAAAACUAUCUCAAACUGAUAAAAUAUUAGCUUAUUAAGACCAAAAAUAAAUCUACAAAAAAAAAA